GGGUCGUGAUGGGCAGCAAGAUGGCGUCCGCCAGCAGGGUCGUUCAGGUAGUCAAGCCACAUACACCACUAAUAAGAUUCCCUGAUAGAACUGACAACCCUAAACUCAAUGUACCGGAAGCUUUGAGAUCAUCAGGCAUACCACCGCCCUCUUCUGUAAUGUCACAGCACUCUAUGGGAAGUAAAGCACCAGAUUCGUUGAUGCAGCAGGGCCCACCAGACACUGCAGAAAUAAUCAAAACAUUACCUCAGAAAUACAGACGGAAACCCGUGUCUCAAGAAGAAAUCGAGUUUAUCCAACGUGGAGGUCCAGAAUAAUCACUGGCCGUGUGGCUGCUGUUUGUCCUCAGACAAAAGAAUUAUCUUUACAAUAAAGGACUUCCAAAAUGAGAAAUGGUACAUUAAGCAACUUUAAUGAAGUGUAUCCUGUAAAAAAAAAAAAAAGAAAAUUUAGACGGACAGUUAUAUAUUCUAACUUAUGGAUCUGGGUCAGCUUCUCCACAAGCUCACCAAAUUGUUUAUAUACUUUAUACGUAUUAUGCAUUUUUAAAGGUUAGCCUAUCAAUUUACUCUUGAUUAACAAGAAUUACCGGUGUUGAACUAUUAAAAGCACACAAUGUCCAGUAAACUUUUUCAGAGCUUUCUUAUAAUUUCCCUUUUCUUUGGGUUUCAGUUUAGAAAGGAAAGAAUUUACCAAGCAGAAUUGCUGCUGUCGAAAAGGAAUUUUUCUGAAAAUAGAUAAAAAUACUGGAAUUAUGACUCGAUUAAUGUUUUGAAUUCUCUUGACAUUUUUUGUUCACAAGUUUACUGACUCUAUCUAGCUGGCUGAGUAAGUUCAUCCUCCUCUAACGGGUCAGCACCGAGCCAGGGUGACAGCAGGUGACUCUGUGGCAUUGAAAUGGGAGGUCAACACAAAUGUAUUAUUUGUAGCAUACUCAGAAAAAUGUCAGAGAGUUUAAACUGGAAAAUAAAGUGAAUAUAGAAUAGGAAUAAAUGUGUGAUUAUAAGUUGUAAUUUAUUAUAUUUUGAGGACUAUUAAAAAAUCUUGUCCGUAGA